AUGGGGGCCUACUGGAGGCCGGGUGUCACAGGAGCGGGUGUCCUGGGAAGGCGCCCAGGUGGGGGCGGGGGCGAGGGCAAUGGUGGAGAGGUCAGUGCCUCCAGACGUGGUGCAGAACUGGCAAGUCCUGAGCACAGAGGAACAGCAGGCCAUUCUGAUGAGCCUCCGCACUCCGUGAACCGUCAUGCUUCCGUUCAGCAAUUUUCAGAUGACUACAUGUCACUUCGGAAGCCUUCAGAAGCUGAGGCUUUAUAUGAGACUUCUUCAAGCAAGAACGCUUUAAGUGAGCAUGUUUCAGGUGGUCACGCUUCAGCUGAACAUGCUUCAGCUGGACAUGCUGCUGCUGAACACGCUUCAGGGGAGCACACUUCAGGGGGGCACGCUUCAGGGGAGCACGCUUCAGGGGAGCACGCUUCAGAGGAGCACUCUGCAGGCGAGCAUGCUAGCGGCGAGCACACGGUAGCUGAGCACACUUCAAGUGAGCACACCAUCUCUGAGCACACGACAGGCGAACACACUUCAGGGGAGCAUACUGCAAGUGAACACACUUCUAGUGAACCUUCAGGUGACAAGUCUGCUGAACAGUCUGCUGAACAGGCUUCUGUGGAACAGGCUUCUGUGGAACAGGCUUCAGUGGAACAGGCUUCGAGUGAAACUCCUUCAAAUGAGAAGUCUCUCACUGAGCAGUCUUCUGGUGAGCAGGCUUCCGUUGAAAAGGCCUCCGCUGACCAAGCUUCAAGUGAACAGGCUGCAGCUGAACAGACUUCAGGUGAUAAGGGUGAGCAGACUUCAGGUGUUUCAUCCUCAAGCACACCUUCAGGCCCAGUGUUGAAUUGCCAUACAUGCUCUUAUAUGAAUGACCAAGGAAAAUGUCUUCGUGGAGAGGGGGUCUGUACAACUCAGAAUUCCCAGCAGUGCAUGUUAAAGAAGAUCUUUGAAGGUGGAAAACUCCAGUUCAUGGUUCAGGGCUGUGAGAACAUGUGCCCAUCAAUGAACCUCUUCUCCCAUGGAACCAGGAUGCAAAUUAUAUGCUGUCGGAAUCAGUCUUUCUGCAACAAGAUCUAGAAGCCUGUGCCAUUGCUUCUUCUGUGACUCAGGCAGCAAAAAUCAUUAUCCUACGGGCUCAAUUUAGAUUUUGUUUCUUCCCCAGCCAACAACUUAAUCACAUCUGCCUCUGCCUGAG